GCUGUGUCCAGUAUCUAGGCGGGACAAAUGGUCAAACUGAUCAAAUAAACUUUUUAACUCACUAGGAAAAGGCUAUAGAAACUUUUUUCCUCAGCUAUGCACCGAAACCAGUUUGUUUUUUCUUUUUAUCUGUUCACGUUUACUUUAAUGUGACUUACAGGAGAGUUUGGAUGCAAUAUUCUCGCAGAACUGGAACUGUAUACGUGUGAUAUUUACCUCUGGGGUGCUUUUACUGUUUUAUUGGUUCGACAGAUGCCGAAUAGUAUGUGAGAGUCCUACUUCUGUCUUUUUCGAAGGUGGAAAAUGUCCAGUACAUUAUCAGAAGGUCAAACAUUAAUCAAGAAAUCUUUAAGUCCAUCAAAGGCAACAUCUACAAAUAACAAGGGGCAUGUUUUUGUGGAGCCACAAACGCCACUAAAAAACUCAAAUAAAGCUUCAACAUCUGAAGCUGCUCUACCGGAGACCCUUAAAAUCAUGGGGCCCCUGACAACGCCUACUAAGGUCCUAGAUGCACCUUCAAGCGACCCUUGGACACCCACUUCUAACCUAAAAAUGCUUAUCAGUGCAGCCAGUCCUGAGAUCCGCAACCGCGAGAAAGAACGUGCCGUGGACAGCAGCGAAUCCGAGAACUCACAGGAGACCGAGCAAGGGGAAGAAGUAGAAAAGCUCCAUAUAAGCCGUAAAGACAAAAGCCUUGGUUUGUUGUGUUACAAGUUCCUUGCAAGGUACCCAAACUACCCCAACCCUGCUCUAAACAACGGUAUCAGCCUUGAUGAUGUGGCAGCAGAACUGCACGUGGAAAGACGUCGCAUCUACGACAUCAUGAAUGUCCUUGAAAGCCUUAACAUGGUCAGCCGGCUGGCAAAGAAUCGCUACACUUGGCAUGGUCGAGUAAAACUUGCACAGACGCUUGCUGUGCUGAAACGGGCCGGAAAAGAGAACCGCUAUGAACAGCUUAUGCAGCAGAUCCGACAAAGGAGUCAAGAGCGAGAAGAGAGAGAGUUCGAUUUGGAUGGAGAGGAGAAGGAGAAUGAAGAAAUGUCCAGUUUUGAAGUUGACGGAGACUCUGGGCUGGCGGAUCUUCCAGGAGCGGAUUCUAAAGCAGCUUCUGCGAACAGUCGGAAAGACAAAUCUCUGCGAGUGAUGAGUCAGAAGUUUGUCAUGUUGUUCCUGGUGUCCAGUCCUCCUGUGGUUAGUCUGGAUGUAGCUGCCAAAAUCCUAAUCGGUGAAGAUCAUGUGGUGGACCAGGACAAAAACAAGUUCAAAACCAAGAUCCGUAGACUUUAUGACAUUGCGAAUGUUUUGAGCAGCCUAGAGCUGAUUAAGAAAGUGCACGUGACUGAAGAUAAAGGAAGAAAGCCUGCUUUCAAAUGGACUGGGCCAGAAGACAUACCAUCUCCAAAGGAUCUGGAGAUCUCCACUACAUCCUCAGCACCAAAGCCUCUCGAGUCUCGUUCCUCUGUUGAAAACUGUGCUAAAAAUCUGUUUUCCUCCCCUGGAACAAAGCGAGGUUUUACCCGCCAUCAUUCUCUAGUCAAGCUGGUUAAGAGCAUUCAGGAUGACCGCAGGAAAAUCAACUCUGCGCCUUCUAGUCCAAUUAAAAUGACAGGUGAUUCUGCAGACAGUGAUUUCUAUACUACCAAAAUGGCCCAUCUGGCAGCUAUCUGCAAAAAGCACCUCGAUGAACAGUCAGCAGACGGUCGACCUAACAAUGCGGUGACAGACUCUUCACAGUCAUCUAAACAGCCUGAAUCCACAUCUG